AUGGAGCCCGACAUGGCAUGCAUAGGCAAAAAACGGUUUCUGGAUGCUGGGGAGACGGCAUUCCGCGACACAAAGCGAAGGCUGAUCGAAAACUUCACGGACCUCCACAUCGGUGUGAGAGGGCCAGGGUAUACAAGCAAAUCCAUGUUUGAGAGCGAGUAUCUGAACUCAGCCCCGCGGCAUAACCCUGCGAGCGACCGGGUCGUUAUUUCGAACAUCGACCAAUUCCUUCGGGAGAACCCAGACCCUCUGGAGGGCGAGAAGGUAGACCUUUCGAACGUGGACCUGAACAAAUUAAUCAUCCCGAACCCAGGGUACCCUUGUCAAGUACUAUAA